GACCCUAAGAAAUCCGGUGAAGCGCGAGCUGCCCGGUUUCGCUGCUCGCUCUCGACACUUCGCGCCGGUCGAUUUGAGGAACGGCGGCCGAGGAUUUUGUCCUCUUAUGGUGGAUUUGGAGUGUCAGAAACGUUUAUAAUUGGGACCACAUGUUGACGAGGCUUGCCGAGCUCCAGCGGUCGGCGGACGGUGUCGGAAGAGUCUCGAGGCGGCGUAGCACGAACGUUACAUCUCCGCAGCUCCGCGGAAGGAGGAGGGAGCAACCGGCGCGCUGCUGCCGCUGCGGCUACGGAAACGUAUUGGCUGAUAUUACUGACCGUGCUCGAUAAACCGCCGGAUACAUCGCUCCAUAUCCCCGUAAACGGAACAGAAAAGGCUCGUGAUUUUAGGAUGAAUCACCUCUCUCUGAGUGAGCUAUGCUGUCUGUUCUGCUGCCCGCCAUGCCCGAGCAAGAUCGCCUCCAAGCUGGCCUUCCUGCCCCCUGAGCCCACCUACACGCUCAUGUGCGAUGAGAGCGGCAGCCGCUGGACGCUGCACCUGUCCGAACGUGCUGACUGGCAGUACUCGGCGCGUGAGAAGGACGCUAUAGAGUGCUUCAUGACGAGGACGUCUCGGGGGAACCGGAUCGCCUGCAUGUUCGUCCGGUGCUCGCCCAACGCUCGCUACACGCUGCUGUUCUCCCACGGCAAUGCAGUGGAUCUGGGCCAGAUGAGCAGCUUCUACAUCGGCCUUGGCUCACGCAUCAACUGCAACGUCUUCUCCUACGACUACUCUGGCUACGGAGCCAGCUCAGGCAAGCCCUCCGAGAAGAACCUGUAUGCGGAUGUGGACGCUGCCUGGCAAGCUCUACGGACAAGGUACGGUAUACGGCCGGAGAACGUGAUCAUUUACGGUCAGAGUAUUGGUACGGUACCGUCAGUGGAUCUGGCCGCUCGGUAUGAAAGCGCUGCCGUCAUCCUUCACUCACCGCUCACCUCUGGCAUGCGCGUGGCCUUCCCAGACACCAAGAAGACCUACUGCUUUGAUGCCUUCCCCAACAUUGAUAAGAUAUCCAAGGUGACCUCUCCGGUGCUGGUGAUCCACGGGACGGAGGACGAGGUAAUUGAUUUCUCCCACGGCCUGGCACUGUACGAGCGCUGCCAGCGCCCCGUGGAGCCACUGUGGGUGGAGGGUGCUGGCCACAACGACGUGGAGCUCUACGGACAGUACCUGGAGCGCUUGAAACAGUUCGUGGCCCAUGAGCUUGUCAACUUAUAAAGUGAGCCGAGGACUGGGACCGCCUACACGCGGCUGAUGAUCGUACCUCUAAAACGCCCCUUUUUGACAACUGUGAACUUGACAACAUUUAGCCUUUUCAGUUUUUGUUUGUUGUCUUGUUUUUUCUUUUUCUAUAUGUGGUGGUGCAGAGUGGCUUAGCAAGAGCUGGCCUAGCUACCUUUUGAAGGGGUGUGUGUGUGUGUGUGUGUGUGUGUGUGUGUGUGUGUGUGUGUGUGUGUGUGAGUGAGAGUAAGUGAGAUGGAAGGGUUUAUUUUGGACCCCAGCCCAUCCUUAUGAGGUCAAUCAUGAUUUCUUUUCUGUUUUUGACUUCCGUACAUCAAAUCUAACCUCUACUAAACCUGUGUGUGUGUUAGGGCUGCACGAUAUAGACAAAAAUAUCAUAUUGAAAUUAUAUUGGAAUAUAUUUUAAUUGCAAUUGCAGUAUAACAGUAGUGCUCCGAAAUGGAAAUUCUUAGCUAAAACCAGAAAAAGCUCAUAACUGAAAACAGUUUACCCAAAAAAAACUUACUAAAGUUUUUACAGUAUGUCGGCUAUAGUAUGUGCCAUGAAAUCAAGCACACAACAGACAGUGUUUGGUCAUCUAUGGCUUUAAUUCCCUUGUUUUUUACUUAUUUUUUGCAUUUUGCCUCAGACAUUAAUUUUCAAAAACUUAGGCUACAGAUGGGAUUAGUGCACAACCAGGGACUUUCCCUUUAGUUUCUGUUUUGCAAUAUUCAGUGGAAGUUAGUUUACAUGUCCUCUACAGAGAACAUACUUCUGCACAGUUUAAAACAGUAAAACAUAAAAUUACCGUUUAUUUGCUGAAUUUAACAUAUUGGAGAAAAAAAUAUAUGAAAUGUGAGCUGUGUAAAAAAUUAUGGCACUUUUUUUUCCCCCAAUGUUAAACAAAUAAAUAGAACAGGCUAAACCUUGGUUUAAAUGUCAUAUUUAGGUUUGUUCUCUGUAGAGGUUGUGAAUUUAAAAUCAACAAAGCAUAAUUUAUCUGGAAGUGUAGAAACAGGAGAGUAAAACUGUUUGAAGUCACUAUGUCUCAUUUUUAUUGCUAUUCAGAUUCUGUGUAGCAUUGUGAGACUUCAUUGUAAGCCUGUUUAAACUUUACUUUUCUAGUCUGAAUUUUUGUCUUUUCUUUUUCACCCAAAAACUGAGGAUGCUAUUUUUAACCGUGUUCGGCUGAAGAUUUUCUGGCCGUCCCUUCUGUGCUAUCAUUUUUCUCAAACACUCAGAGAACAUCUGUUUGGUCAGCUGUUCAUUAGAGGUUCAUUGCAUAUCGCAACCUCUGUGACUCAGUAUUGUGAAGGCUGGUAUCGUGAUGAUUAUUAAGGAACACCAUAUCGUGCAGCCCUUGUGUGCAUGUGUGCAUGUUAUUCUAAACCUGGACAAGUACUGUACAAACUGAAACGGGGCCCAGACAUGCACAGUCACCAUGUAAGCGAUGCCAAAUGCUCCUCAUAAAGAGCUUUAAUGCAGAACCUUUUUUCCCUAGACACCUUUCUAGAGCAUCUCUGGUCAAACGUGUACAUUCUCCAUCCGCGUUCUUACCUGGUUUCAUUUUGCAGAGCGUUCGGUGUUCUUAAGAGUUUUCUGGCUUGUCUGUUCUUAAAAUAGGUCUUUUUGUCAUGGACCUUGUUACAGGGGGAAACAAAAACCAAUGCUGGACAAUAACGACGGAAGAACGGUCGGUUUGCACUUUUAAAGGCUAACACCUCACAUAUGUCGGAGAUGUGAAAUUGGAGAUGUCAAAACUCCAGGCCACGAUGCCUGGUUCAGGCUAUCAGAUAAAUCUGCAGCGUGUGAUCUUUCAAGGCCAAGGUUCGACAGCCCUAGACGGGUAGUUCAUAAUCAUGCUUGCCCAAGCCCCCCAAAUGUAGAUGAUCAGCCAAGACAUGUUUGGUGUCUGAGGUUUUGCACUGGAGCUGUGAGGCUAAUGUAAGUAAGUCAGGAAAAAAUGUGAGCUUAGACCUCUUAACUUAGUGCUGUACAAACAGCGUCAUCGAUAAAAAUGGAUAGAAACCACAAACAAAUAUGUUUGACAAUACUUGGUCUCAGCCCACAUGUAGACGCCGCAUUUCUAUGGCCACCUAGCCACAAACGAGGGUCUGCGGUUACUCAUUUUGUCGAUCAAACAGCCCCUUCCUGUCAAAAUAGGCAUGUCUUGGCUGCUUUAAUGAACAACAGCAUCCGACUCUUAACAACUUGCCGAAGCCUGGGUGGCGAGGUGAGACAUACUGACUUGAGUUAGUAAGUUUGGCCACCUACAUUUGGGGUUGAUUCCACCAAACUGUCUUGUUUUAAGUGUUGAAAUCUGUGACCGUUUAAGAGGGCUUCGUUUAGUCAGGUUACUUCUGUGCUCUUUUUGCACUUUUUUAAAACUCUAUUCCCACCGUUAUGUCUUCUCGUCCACUUGCAUGGGUAUUACUGGGUUACGCUGUACUGGAUCACUUUGUUGUCUCGUAUCUCAUCACAGCUCUGUUUGUAAGGGUAUGAGGCUCUGCCAAAAACCCCGUAUUAUCAGUCUGCGUUCUGAUUGGUUCAUACUGCGUUGUUGCCAUAGAAUCAGACUGCUGUAUUCUCUUUCUGUGGAUUGCUAAUUCCAACCACAACCACAGACCGUUUAGACUGGUCCUACGAGUUUGGAUGAACAUGCUUGAAGAUGUCUAUAGAUGAAGUAUCAAUAAAUAAAUAAAUAAAUAAACUACUCUCUGUAUAUCUCGGCUUCUAACAGAUGACUGUUGUCCUAUUCCACUUUGUACAUAUUGUUUGUUUGUAUGGUCAUUUUUUUAAUUGCUGUAUUCUUAAAAUGGUAACAAUGCAGGUUAUUACUAAUAUAACUUGAAAUGAUUAUUAUCGAUAUUAAUACUAUUAUUACAUUGAUGGUCAGGAUGAAAGUUUAUUGCAAAAAGUCUUGAUUAUCCUGACCUUUGUUUUCUGUUUUUCUAAGACGCCUUUCAUUUUUGAAGGAAACUGUCAUGAUGUAUGUUCUGAUGCUUUUAACGAUAGUUCUAAAAUAAUACGAAUAGAGAAAAUAAAGAAGAGCCAAAUGAA